UGUCACGUUUCUCCUGAUGAAUUUAAACAUCUAGUUUUCAACUAUAAAAGCAAAAACUCUGAGCUGAAAACAUCAGAACCACCGACUCACAUCAUAAUCAUCUGAGCCGCAAACAGAGCCUGAACUGAUGCCAGCCAUGAACUCAGUCGUCCUCCUGCUGUCGGUUGUGUGUUUGGGCGUCUCCUCUCAGCAGAUCACAGACAGCCAGCGUUUGUUCUCCAUUGCAGUCAACAGAGUCACGCACCUGCACCUGCUCGCCCAGAGACUCUUCUCGGACUUUGAGAGCUCUCUGCAGACGGAGGAGCAACGUCAGCUCAACAAAAUCUUCCUGCAGGACUUCUGCAACUCUGAUUACAUCAUCAGCCCGAUCGACAAACACGAGACGCAGCGCAGCUCGGUCCUGAAGCUGCUGUCGAUCUCCUAUGGACUGGUUGAGUCCUGGGAGUUUCCCAGUCGCUCUCUGUCUGGAGGUUCCUCUCUGAGGAACCAGAUUUCACCAAGGCUGUCUGAGCUUAAAACGGGAAUCUUGCUGCUGAUCAGGGCCAAUCAGGAUGAAGCAGAGAAUUAUCCUGACACCGACACCCUCCAGCACGCUCCUUACGGAAACUAUUAUCAAAGUCUGGGAGGCAACGAAUCGCUGAGACAAACUUAUGAAUUGCUGGCUUGCUUCAAGAAGGACAUGCACAAGGUGGAGACCUACCUGACGGUAGCUAAAUGUCGACUCUCUCCAGAAGCAAACUGCACUCUGUAGCUCCACCUAAUAUUGAUACUGAUACGUGCUCUGUAGCCCCACCCUCAUGUUGGCAAACUCUGCUUACAUGUGUUAGCAUUAGCAAUAGGAUAAUAAUAGCAGUGGUAAUCGUGACAUCAGAAGUUUUUCUGACAUAACUGUGAUGCAAGGUGUGAACGGGAAUAAUGUUAUUCUGUGAAAUAAAUGUGUUGCAUUGA